AUGUGGUCACAACAGUGGUGGAAACAGGACAUUACACAAUCUGAUCAAUUAUGUUUGACGCCUUUUUGUAUCAAAGCUGAUGAAACGAUUGAGCCUUGUGACGAUUUUUUUCAAUUUGCUUGCGGUUCAUGGCUAAAAUCAAGUAAAAUUCCGGAAGACAGUGGUGCACAAGACACAUUUAACAUCUUAAAAACAGAAUUAGAUAAUAAUAUUGUUUCAUUAUUAACAUCGUUAGGAAAUGAUUCUGAGCCGGAAGCGAUUAAAAAUGCGCGAAAUAUGUAUCAAUCAUGUGUAGAUGAGGCUGCUAUUGAAAAUGAUGGCACAGAUACAUUAUUAACAUUGAUUAAUAAUGAAUUAAAUGGUUGGCCAAUAUUGUUGGGUGAUAAUUGGAACAAUUCAACAUUUAAUUUGUUAAAAAUACUAUUGAAAUUACGAGAAUAUAAUAAUAAUAUCAUAUUUAGUAUUGCAACAACGACAGAUGAUAAAAAUUCAUCUGCUUAUUGUAUUAGGAUUGCUCAAAGUGAUAUUGCUUUAGAACAACGAACAUAUUAUAAUGAUGCAAAUGUUACUGAACCCUAUCAAGAAUUUAUGCGUGAUUUAGCAUUAAGUUUGUCAAAUUUAAGUUUGACUGAUACGACAAAGAUUAAUGCUGAUGUCAAAGAUAUAUUUCAAUUUGAAAGUAAUCUAGCAAAGUAUCAUUUAACAAAUGCUGAACAACAACGUGCACGACAAAAUGAAACAAUACGGACAACAGUUGGAAAUUUAUCGAGAGAUUUUAAUACUACAUUCAAUUUUACAGCAUAUUUGUAUAAUUCCUACGAAUUUGGAAAUGUUACGUUAAAAAAUGAUGAUGUUGUAUCAAUUAAUGAUCUACCUUUUUUAAGAAAUGCAACAGAACUUCUUCAGAAUUAUCCAUCUCGUACAAUUGCAAAUUAUAUAAUAUGGAGAUUUAUGAUAAAUCGAGCGUCAAAUAUGCCAAAAUAUUAUCGAGCUAUUAAAGACAAAUUUGAAAGGGUCUUUCGUGGUACAUCAGCAGAAAAAUCACGUUCAACACAAUGUGGAAACUAUGUUAAUAUUAAUAUGGGUUUUGCUGUUUCAAAGUUGUAUAUAAAACAAUAUUUUGAUGAAUCAGCAAGGAAUCAGUCAUUAGAAAUGAUCGGCUAUAUUCGAGAUGCAUUUAUAUCAAUAUUAAAUGAAACAAUGUGGAUGGAUAAAGAUUCAAAAUUAAAAGCAGUAGAAAAAGCACGUGCUAUUGAUGGAAAAAUUGGCUAUCCAGACUGGCUUGGUAGUAACAAUAUCACUCAACUCGAAGAAGACUAUGCCGAUUAUAAAUUUAAUUUAUCUUAUAUAAAAAAUGUUUUACAAAUGUUAAAAACAAAAUCAAAAGAAAAUAUUCAUGUUUUACGCGAGCCAGUUGAUCGAAAAGCGUGGGCUGGAAGUGCACCAACAGUUGUCAAUGCAUUUUAUACACCAUCAAAAAAUCAAAUAACAUUUCCAGCUGGAAUUCUUCAAUUUCCAUUUUAUAACAAAGAUGCACCAAAAUAUUUGAAUUAUGGUGGUAUUGGUACCGUAAUCGGACAUGAAAUAAGUCAUGGUUUCGAUGAUAAUGGUCGACAAUAUGAUAAAGAUGGUAACAAAAAACAAUGGUGGUCAGAAGAUACGAUAAAACAAUUUAAUGAUCGUAAAAAAUGUAUUGUUGAUCAAUAUAGUAAUUAUACAAUUAGUCAAAUUAAUCGAACGGCUUAUAAAAAAUGGUCUAAAUUGAAUGACAAUAGUGAUAAAAAAUUACCAGGAUUGAAAUAUUCUCCAGAACAAAUGUUUUUUGUUAAUUAUGCACAAGUUUGGUGUUCAAAAAUGACUGAUUCUUAUGCGACAAACAGAGUUCUAACCGGUGUCCAUGCAACCGGACAAUUUCGAGUACUUGGACCAACGUCAAACUUUAUUGAAUUUGAUCGGGUAUUCAAAUGUAAAAGAGGUCAAGGCAAUAGUCGUGUUCAAAAAUGUUCCGUUUGGUAG